AUGUCGACCAACGCCGAGAUCAAGUUUGGCCCAUUCCCAAUCACCAAACAGUUUUACCUUGUACUCACGCACGCCGUUCACCAGGUGUUUUUAAAGACGCAGCACAGCUUUGGCGUCGUCAAUCUCAAGCCCAUCCUGCCCGGCCACGUCCUCGUCUGCCCGCUGCGGCCGCACCGGCGCCUCACGGACCUCUCGGCGGCCGAGACGGCGGACCUGUUCGAGACCGUGCAGCGCGUGCAGCGCAUGUUGGCUCGCGUGUACUUCAAGACGGACCGCCCCGAGGACGGGGGCAGCUUCACCGUCGCGGUGCAGGACGGGCCCGAGUCCGGCCAGACGGUGCCGCACGUCCACGUCCACGUCAUCCCGCGCGUCGCGGGCGACAUGGGUGAGGGCGAGGCUGUGGAUGAAAUUUACGUCAAAAUGGCAUCCGAAGAGGCCAACGUCGGCGGCGCGCUGUGGGACGUCACGCGAAGACCGGAGCCGGGCGGUGGCAUGCCCCGGGUGGAGGAUGCCUGCCGCGAGCCGCGGGAGCCUGCGGAUAUGCAUGCUGAGGCAAACAUGUACAAGGAAGCCCUGGAACGCGUACAGUGA